CGCCGCCGAGAUGGCCACCUGUUUGCUGGGCUUCGCCCUGCUGCUCCUCGUCGCCUGCUCGGAUGGACACAGCGGGCUCGGAAAGGGAUUUGGAGAUCAUAUUCACAGGAGGACUCUGGAAGAUGGGAAGAAGGAAGCGGCUGCAAGUGGAUUGCCCCUGAUGGUGAUUAUCCAUAAAUCCUGGUGUGGCGCCUGCAGGGCUUUAAAACCCAAAUUUGCAGAAUCUACAGAAAUUUCAGAAUUGGCUCAUAAUUUUGUUAUGGUAAAUCUGGAGGAUGAAGAGGAGCCCAAGGAGGAAGAUUUCAGCCCUGAUGGGGGGUAUAUUCCACGAAUCCUCUUCUUGGACCCCAGCGGCAAGGUGCAUCCUGAGAUCAUCAAUGAGAGUGGAAACCCCAGCUACAAGUAUUUCUACGUCGGUGCCGAGCAAGUUGUCCAGGGGAUAAAGGAGGCCCAGGAGAGGCUGACCAGUGACGCCUUCAGAAAGAAACACAUUGAAGAUGAGUUGUGACACGACCGAGUUUCUUCCUGCAUCCGAGUUCGUCUUGGGGAAGGAAAGCAGCAGCGGAGAGAAUCGCCCAGAACAACUGAACCGCCCGGAAGCCCGGCUUCCACCCUCCCCCCGGGUCGAGCUGUCACUGUGGGCAAGCGCUGCUGUCCCUGUGUCUGAGGACCCGGCAGCACGUGGCCGACUCUCUCCCGCUCCCUGUCACCUAAAUGUCCAUUGCCUCUGAAUGUAAACAAUGAAACUCUGCCACACAAAACAUGAGCCAUUUGGAGUUUUCACUCCUCCCAUUUCAGUGUUUGAGUCUUGACCCACUUCUUCCUGCUCUGCCGUGAAAGGAGACGGAUAGCACCUUUUCUAUAGCGUCAAAAUUUCAGGAAUACUUUAUCAAUUUUUUUUUCUUGUUUGCUUUUAAUAAAAAAGUCAUAAAUAUAAACCACCAGCCAAUCGUUCUCCUGCUCUCUUGGAAAUACUCUGGGGCUUCCAGAAUCCUUGCAGCCUCCAUCCCUCCUACUCGGUCUUGGGCAGUCUUUCCAGUUUGCACAUACGUGUGUGUGUGCGCGCGCGUGCGCAGGA